AUGCCAGAGGACUUCACAGACAGCAGCGACUAUGGUUCAGACUUUACUCCGGACGAAGAGGAGCUGUUGAACGAGCUGCUCGCCCAAGUUGCCACCCCCGACGCGACGGUUCAGCGCGCAACGGAGAAGUUGGGCGAUUUGCAACCCCCAACUGCGGUGAGAGACAUCGAGGAUUAUGCAGAGGCUCCGUGUGCUCGGGUACCCAAGGUACUUGGCAAGGAGAAGCCCGGUUUGCCCUGGAAACGGAGGUCGCGGUGGCUUCCCUCGCAGCGCGUGGGACCUACAAGUCCGAGCUCGCGCGACAUUACUGGGACCACGAUUGUUGAGCAUCCCAGCUCCACCGAGGGCAGACCCAGAGAGCGGGAGAGAGACGCUGCUCGAGAACAACAGUGGAUAAAAGCAGGAAAACGGCAGUUAAAUGGACAGGGCGGUGUCGAGGAUGCUCGGCCUCCCGUCGAGCGGUUUCGACGACCGCCGAACAAGGCGUUCUCCGUCACAGAUUUCAUCUCGCCGGCGUGGUGCGAAUUGCAGUACUGGUACACACUGACCAAGUACGGAAGGAAGAAGAGCACGCCUGCAAUGGCGCGAGGCAGUGUGGUGCACAAGACUCUCGAGGACGAAAUCUAUACAACUGUCCCCGUCGAGAUCACGACAAAGGAGGACGCCUGGGGUUUAAGGGUCUGGAAUGUCAUCCAGGGGCUACGCACGUUGCGGGAAUUCGGAAUCACAAGAGAACUGGAGGUAUGGGGCGUGGUCGACGGCGAAGUCGUUAAUGGAAUAAUCGAUCAGUUGUCCUACGAAUCCCCCGACCCCGAUUUCGAAGCAACAGCUGCAUAUUACUACGAGGGAUUGGAAUCGAGUCGGGUUGCAAUGCCUGAAUAUCAAAUGUCCUUGACCGACUACCUUUUAUCACCGGAAUAUGGUGGCAAAAAACUAUCUGACUUGGCGCAAACCCAAGAACCGGCUCCUGAAGAUAUCUCAGUACCCGACUUACCAUCGGAGGUCUACGACGUCCCUAGAGUCUAUCUCACAGACGUCAAGACAAAGGGCCGCGGCUCAAUUCCGACGGUGAAGAGCACUUCUUUUAGACCGACAGUGCUCCAGCUAUCGUUAUAUUAUCACCUGCUCAACCGUCUCGCUAUAAGCGACGAUGUCACGAUCGAGUUGCUUGCGAAUCGCUAUGACUUUGACCCUGAGCAGCCGUUCUCGGACGCAUUUGUCUCCGAAGUUGGUGGUCUCAAUGAGCGAUUUUUCGAUGCAUUGUCUUCCCAAGGAUUCGAUCCAGACUAUGUCCCGACUCCAGAGGAUGCCCUUCAGUCCCCUAGCCGCUCCUCCACUUCUAAUAUUCAGCCUGCAAGCCAAGACUCCACGAGCAUUCUUCUGGCUCACAAUAACUUGGCCUCUCUCUGGGCUUUAAUGAAAGAUCAGCUUCGUCUCACCUUCUUGACUCCUGCAGCAGCCCACUCUAUCUCUUCUUCGAUCCCGGCCAUGUCGCAGCCGAGUACGCUAGAAGCGUAUCCAACAGUCCUUUCUCCGCUUCUUACUGCACGAUUCUUGUCAUCUGCUCCAACAGAAGAGGUUGAAACCCGCCUUUUGGGCAGUCGAUCCUUCUUCUUUGAUCCUACUAACCUCACGUCAUAUCUCUCUGACCAGAUGGAAUGGUGGCGCGGAGGACGCGACCCCCGUGGAGUUGAGAUUAUGGAUGCAUGGAAAUGCCGGAUCUGUGAAUUUCGAGAUGAAUGUACAUGGCGACAAGAACGAGAGUGGGCCAUGGCGAGUCGAAGGAGGAAUAAGGUCUCAGCUAUGGACAUAUAG